AUGGCUCAUUCCGGCGAACAGACGUCUAGAAAUCCAGUGGUAUUUUUUGAUAUAGCUCUCGGUGCGAAUGUUGGUAUGACCAUAGGGGAACCAUUGGGUCGUAUCAAAAUGGAGCUCUUCGCAGAUGUUACUCCUCGUACUGCAGAAAAUUUUCGCCAAUUCUGUACAGGAGAGGCCAAAGAUAGUCAAGGACGGCCACGAGGGUACAAAGGAAGCAAGUUCCAUCGUGUGAUAAAAGAUUUCAUGAUACAGGGAGGCGAUUUCAUUAAUGGCGAUGGGACAGGCAGCACUUCAAUCUACGGCGGCCAGAAAUUCCCUGAUGAGAAUUUUAUUUUAAAACAUGAUCGCGCAGGAUUACUGAGCAUGGCUAAUUCCGGGCCAAAUACAAAUGGAUGUCAGUUUUUCAUCACAACAACCGCAACACCAUUUUUGAACAAUAAACAUGUUGUCUUUGGACAAGUUGUUGACGGAAUGGAUGUUGUCCGAAUGAUUGAGAACACUCGAACAACCCGAGAUAAGCCAAAUCAGGACGUCACAAUAACGCAAUGUGGGGAGAUGUAG